GAGAAAUCUCCAAAAUCUGUUACAGGAGAAAUCUGGAGAGAGAAAGGAGAGAGAGAAAGUCAAUUUUAAAUUUAAAGGACGUCCGAUUCAUAAGGAUUCCGAGCGAGAAUCGGUUUUCAUGACCCACAACCUCUGAAGAAUAGCAUCACCACCUUAAAACUCUCUCUCUCUCUCUCUCUCUCUCUCCCUCUCUCUCGUACAUCUAAACAAAUUAUUUCUUUUCGAUUUUGUAUAAUCUCACGAUCUUGAUAAUACCCAAUGCUCAACAAACGCAAGCCUGCAAAUCCUUGUUAUUACUUAAGCUUUUAGGCAUUUUUGGUGUAACUCUCAUGGUGGUGCCAUGAUUUUUAGCUUGUAAAAGCUAUUAUUUGGUGGUCCUUAUGGACAGAGACGUUGGAAUAUUGGAAGCUCGUUCCAACGACAAGGUUAGAUCAAAGAUUUAUUACAAAAACAUUCUCCUUUUAGCUUAUCAGAGCUUUGGUGUUGUUUAUGGUGACUUGAGCACAUCGCCUCUAUACGUCUUCAAGAGCACUUUCUCAGAUAGAUUACACAAAUUUCAUGAUGAAGACGCAAUUUUUGGUGCAUUUUCUUUGAUAUUUUGGACUCUCACAUUGAUUCCAUUAUUCAAGUAUGUCUUCAUUGUAUUGAGUGCAGAUGAUAAUGGUGAAGGGGGGACAUUUGCUUUGUAUUCGCUUCUUUGUAGACAUGCAAAGUUUAGUUUGCUUCCAAAUCAGCAAGCAGCUGAUGAGGAGCUCUCUACAUAUUAUAGACCUGGUUACUCAUCAGGGAUUGUUGGGGCUUCCUCACUGAAAAGAUUUCUAGAGAAGCAUAAGAAGUCGAGAACAGGUUUACUUGUUGUGGUUCUCUUUGGUGCUUGCAUGGUGAUAGGUGAUGGUGUUCUCACACCAGCCAUUUCUGUUCUGUCAUCCAUUUCUGGUCUGCAAGUUCGCACGCACAAAUUAGACAAUGGUGUGGUGGUAGUAAUUUCCUGCGUUGUGUUGGUUGGCCUUUUCGCCUUGCAACACCAUGGUACUCACAAGGUGGCAUUCAUGUUCGCACCCAUUGUGAUUGUCUGGCUCUUGUGUAUUGGCACAAUUGGCAUUUACAAUGUUGUUGUUUGGAACCCUAGGAUUUUUCGUGCCCUUUCUCCACAUUAUAUAUACAAGUUCUUUAAAGCAACAGGAAAGGAUGGUUGGAUUUCUCUCGGGGGAGUAGUUUUGUGUAUUACAGGGACUGAAGCUAUGUUUGCGGACCUUGGUCACUUCACUAAUAUUUCUAUCAGGGUUGCUUUUGUUGGAUUGAUAUAUCCUUCAUUGGUAUUACAAUACAUGGGUCAAGCAGCUUUUCUUUCUAAGAACUUCUCUGAUAUCCAUACAAGUUUUUACAAGUCCAUCCCUGAGUCCGUGUUUUGGCCAGUAUUUGUGGUGGCAACCUUGGCUGCUAUUGUUGGGAGCCAGGCUGUUAUUUCUGCAACAUUCUCAAUUGUUAAGCAAUGUCAUGCAUUGGGUUGCUUCCCACGAGUCAAGGUGGUCCAUACAUCAAAGCGCAUAUAUGGGCAGAUCUACAUCCCAGAGAUAAACUGGAUUCUUAUGGUUCUUUGCUUGGCUAUUACAAUUGGUUUCCAAGAUAUAACAGUUAUUGGACAUGCAUAUGGAAUUGCAUGCAUGACUGUGAUGUUCAUUACAACAGCGCUCAUGGCCUUGGUGAUCAUAUUUGUAUGGCAGAGGAGCAUUUUCUGGGCUUUCAUCUUCCUUUUGUUCUUUGGAUGUAUUGAGUGCUUCUAUCUAUCUGCUUCAAUCAUAAAAGUGCCUCAGGGUGGCUGGGUCCCUCUUGUAUUAUCUGCGGUAUUCAUGGCUGUCAUGUACAUUUGGCAUUAUGGAACCCGGCGCAAAUAUCUCUUUGACGUGCAAAAUAAGGUCUCCAUGAAAUGGAUCCUCACUCUAGGUCCGAGCCUCGGAAUCGUCCGGGUGCCUGGGAUUGGGCUCAUCUACACGGAGCUAGUCACCGGAGUACCCGCCAUAUUCUCCCACUUUGUGACCAACCUUCCUGCCUUCCACCAGGUCCUUGUCUUUAUCUGCGUAAAAUCUGUCCCAGUUCCCUAUGUCCCUGCCGAAGAGCGCUACCUUGUGGGCCGCAUUGGCCCUAAGGCCUACCGCAUGUACCGAUGCAUAGUACGGUACGGAUAUAAGGAUGUCCCCAAAGAUGAUGACGUUUUCGAGAACCAGCUCAUCCUCAGUAUUGCAGAAUUCAUACAGAUGGAAGCAGAGGAGACCCAGUCUGAGGGCCCUGCAUCUAGCUCUGGCCUCCUUGAUGGUCGGAUGGCUGUCAUUCGAGCCCCUGUUGGACCGGGCACAAGGCUCUUGAUGUCGGAGGAUGAUGGCACUGAUGAGGUCGCGGGUGAGGCGACGAGCACUAUAAGGAGUAGCAAGUCCGUGACAUUGAGGGGGCUCCAAGCUUUGUAUGAGCAAGACUCUCCAAGCGUGAGUCGGAGGAGGAGGGUGAGGUUUGAAUUGCCUGAGUGCCAUAAUUUGGACCCUAACGUGAGGGAUGAGUUGUUAGAGUUGGUGGAAGCAAAGCACUCAGGGGUGGCAUAUAUAAUGGGGCACUCAUAUAUCAAGGCAAGGAGGACCUCCUCGUUCAUUAAGAAGUUUGCUAUUGAUGUGGCUUACUCUUUUCUUAGGAAGAAUUGUAGAGGGCCGGCUGUUGCCCUUAACAUCCCUCACAUAAGCCUCAUUGAGGUCGGAAUGAUCUAUUAUGUGUAGUAGGCCUAUGCUCUUCUGUAAUGGCUCGACUAGAAGAAACUUGGUUCUUCUGGUGGAUAGAUCAAGGUUCCAAACCAGUUCUCAUCCCCAAUUUUCCAUAAACCAAAAGAGAGAUACAGAAGAAAAAAGAGGAAAGGCUUUAUAUCAAUUCAGGUUUUCUCUUAAUGUCACCUCUCGGCUUUGCAUCUUACCUACCUUGUUCCAAAGAGGUGGUUUUAAUGGCUGGUCAGAGUUUUGCAGCUAUCAAUUGUGGACUGUUUAUCCUCAGGUAUACAGGCGAAAUGGAUAAUAUGCUGAGGCCAAUGAGCUUAUAUUCCUGUUGACAUGGCACACAAACCAAAAUUCUUAUAUCUAACGAAUUGCACUAUAGUACCAAGAAAUCCGUACUAUAUAAAUUAAUCUGCUUAAUGACGAUAUGGAUACAUUGAUGCUGGCAUUUUGUUUUAUGAUUUAAGAACUUGCCAUUAAAGUAAGUAUAUAAAUACAUGUACGUUUAAAUCAGCAUGCAGUUAAGACAAAAGGCAUAGAGAUAAAUGUAACCAUGUCUUACCGAGUACACUGCAUGUAAAUGGUGAGAGAUUCGUAUUGAGAUCUUUGAAAUUUCUCUUC